ACUUUAGCUAGCUCAAUACUUAUUUAUUCAACAACAGUUAUAAGUUAACUUUUAGUAGGAACAAAAUACUCACAAAAUUAAUUUAUAUUAACAUUUGGCAACGCUGCAAUACAGUGAUAAUCCUAGGUUUCGCCUUUACCAACACAAAAUAAAGUGGGUCAAUCUACUAGGUUAUGUUAAGGUUCUUUCUCUAUUGUUUUACCCUGUUAUUGUUGUGACUGUAGGUUUUGUUCAUUAUUUUUUUUAUAACAGUAGAAUAUACGUGCAUAUUUAUAAAUUUAAGUAAAUAAUAUAAAAUAUGGAAAACAUGUACAGCAACAAAAUCAGUGGUGACAAAGUGGCAGAAGAGCGGAAAUACUUUCUGUCUGUAUUAAAGACAUUUUUGGACUACAAGGAGCAAUCAUUCCUACGUAUCAAAAAUAAAGAAUACUGCCUCAGUUCCCUACCUUGUCAUCAUCAAAAGUGGUUGACCCAAUAUAAUGAAGAUUUAGAAAAGUACAAGAAGUGUAUUGAGAAAAACGCCGAAUUGAUACCAAUUUUUCUUCAGAAUUCUUAUAAUAUUUUUGAGAACGGUUUAGGCAGUGACAGUCCCUUUAGUUCAGAUACAAAGGUGCCAGUUCUCUCAGAAGGUUUGGAAAAGGUACAAUCAGUAUUUAAGCAACUCAUGCGAGAUUGGAGUUCAGUAGGAGCUUCUGAACGUCAGCAGUGUUAUACACCAAUAAUAGAAGAAGUAGAACAUCAAUUUCCAGAUGAUAAAUUUAUCAGAAGUGAAGUUAACGUUCUUGUACCUGGUGCUGGAUUAGGUAGAUUAGCUUUUGAAAUUGCCCACAGAGGAUUUUCUUGUCAAGGAAAUGAAUUUAACUUAUUUAUGCUAAUUGCAUCUUUUUAUGUGCUGAAUUUGUGUAAGAAGGUGGAUGAAUUUGAAAUUUAUCCAUGGAUACAUCAAUAUUGUAAUAAUUUAAGUGCUGAACAUCAAACCUUAAGUGUAAGAUUUCCAGAUGUCUGUCCCACACCAAUUCCAGAAAGUAAAUUUUCCAUGACAGCUGGAGAUUUUGUUGAAGUUUACACAGAACCAAAUGAGUGGAAUUGUGUAGCUACUUGUUUUUUUAUUGAUUGUGCUCCAAAUGUUGUGCACUUUGUUGAAUUAAUUUAUCAUAUAUUAAAACCAGGUGGUGUUUGGAUCAAUUUAGGUCCUUUACUGUACCACUAUUCAGAUGCAAAAAACGAAAAAAGCAUUGAACCAAGCUUUGAAGUAUUGUGUGAGGUAAUAAGCCGUGUUGGAUUUGUUAUGGAAAAGAAAAAAAUUGGAGUAAAAACUCGUUAUUGUCAGAAUCCUAUGUCAAUGCUGCAAUAUGAAUAUGACAGUGUUUUCUUUGUGUGUAGGAAACCAGUGAUCAUCUCAAAUGGAGAUCUUAUAACCACCAGUGAUUAAUUUAGUACAAAUGAAUGAAUGAUAAUGUAUUUCAGUAAUUUAAUUUAAUAUUUCUCAUUAUUUCUGAGUUAAGAUAUGUACCUUUUUCUUUGGCCAGUUAUUUAAAAACUUUGCAAACUUUAUUUUGUUGAGUUAGCCAGUUGAUAGUAUUAAUGAUCAUUACGAUUGUCGCUGUUAUUUAAUUUUUUGUAAUGAUUAUGUUUAAAUAAAUUGGCUUCACAGAAA